AUGAACAUAUUCAGACUUUGCGGUGACCUGUCACAUCUGCUGGCCAUCCUGCUGUUGCUCGUAAAGAUAUGGAAGACGCGUUCUUGCGCCGGUAUUUCGGGAAAAUCUCAAAUUCUCUUUGCAAUUGUUUAUACUACAAGAUAUCUAGAUUUAUUCACAAGUUUUGUAUCUGUAUAUAACAGUUUUAUGAAAAUAGUGUUCCUAUCAGCGUCUUAUGGAACAUUAUAUUUAAUGUUCUACAAAUUUAAGCCAACAUACGACCAUAACCACGAUAGCUUUAGAAUUUUGUACUUAAUCAUACCAUCGUUGGUGCUUUCAUUUGUCAUUGUUCAUGUUUACACUGUGAUGGAGAUUUUAUGGACAUACAGUAUUUAUUUGGAAGCAGUAGCAAUUAUGCCACAAUUAUUUAUGGUAUCUAGAACCGGCGAAGCUGAGACUAUUACUUCUCACUAUUUGUUUGCACUAGGUUCGUACAGAGCACUGUAUAUAUUGAAUUGGAUUUACCGUUAUUAUACAGAAGAUUUUCUUGAUAUGAUUGUAAUUAUUGCUGGAAUUGUGCAAACCAUCUUAUAUUGUGACUUCUUUUAUCUCUAUAUAACCAAAGUUUUAAAAGGUAAACGACUGUCCUUACCUGUCUAA